GCAGGCAGGCGGGCGGGAGGGCGGAAGAUGGCGGAGUGGUUGGCCCGGUGCGGUCCGCUCGAGCCGUUUCUAUGGCGAUGAGGCGAGGGUCGGCGUGAGGCAGGAGAGCAGGAGAAGGAGGAGGGGAAGAAAAUAGUAAUAAUAGUUAAUAGGGACCCUACUAAUAAUAAUGACUCAGGGGAAGAAGAAGAAGCGGUUGAACCGCAGUGUGCUGUUGGCCAAGAAGAUCAUCAUUAAAGACGGAGGGUCGCCACAAGGAAUUGGGGAGCCUAGUGUUUAUCAUGCGGUGAUCGUUAUCUUUUUGGAGUUCUUUGCAUGGGGACUGCUGACAACUCCGAUGCUAACUGUUUUGCAUCAGACGUUCCCUCAACACACAUUCCUAAUGAAUGGACUUAUUCACGGGGUGAAGGGCUUGUUAUCAUUUCUAAGUGCUCCUCUGAUUGGAGCGCUGUCUGAUGUCUGGGGCAGGAAAUCCUUUCUCCUCCUGACUGUGUUCUUCACCUGUGCUCCAAUUCCCCUCAUGAGAAUCAGCCCCUGGUGGUAUUUUGCAGUAAUUUCCAUGUCGGGAGUAUUUGCGGUGACAUUUUCAGUGAUCUUUGCCUACGUAGCCGAUAUAACUCAGGAGCAUGAGAGGAGCACUGCCUACGGACUCGUGUCUGCAACUUUUGCAGCAAGUCUCGUGACCAGCCCAGCUAUCGGCGCGUACUUGUCCAGGGCUUAUGGCGACAACUUAGUGGUGGUUCUAGCCACUGCCAUCGCUUUGCUGGACAUCUGUUUCAUUCUUGUGGCCGUACCAGAAUCUCUACCAGAGAAGAUGCGGCCAGCCUCCUGGGGAGCACCAAUAUCAUGGGAACAAGCUGACCCUUUUGCAUCUCUGAAGAAAGUGGGUCAGGACUCCACAGUUCUGCUGAUCUGUAUCACAGUAUUCCUCUCGUACCUGCCUGAAGCAGGCCAGUAUUCCAGCUUCUUUCUUUAUCUCCGACAGGUAAUUGGAUUUACUUCGGAAACUGUAGCAGCCUUCAUUGCAGUUGUAGGAAUUCUCUCCAUCUUAGCUCAAACCGUGGUUCUUGGUAUCCUGAUGAGGUCAAUAGGCCAUAAGAACACAAUCCUUUUAGGUCUUGGCUUUCAGAUUCUACAGCUAGCCUGGUAUGGCUUUGGAUCCCAGCCAUGGAUGAUGUGGGCAGCGGGUGCCGUGGCUGCCAUGUCCAGUAUUACUUUCCCAGCUGUCAGCGCCCUCGUUUCCAGAAACGCUGAUCCGGACCAACAAGGAGUUGUCCAAGGAAUGAUCACGGGCAUCCGAGGGCUGUGCAAUGGUCUUGGUCCAGCACUGUAUGGAUUUGUCUUCUACCUUUUCCACGUGGAGUUGAAUGAAAUGGGAGAUGUGGAUAAUACCGGCAAAGCUCCCAAAGGCAAUAUGCAGAAUCCCACCGAUGAAAGUACUAUUAUUCCAGGACCCCCCUUUCUCUUUGGAGCAUGCUCAGUCUUGCUGUCACUGCUGGUAGCCUUAUUUAUCCCAGAGCACAGCGGGCUUCCUGUGAGAUCUGGAAGCUGGAAGAAACACAACGGACUCCAGGGCCACAGCCCACAAAUCUCAGGCCCUGAUGGCAAAGAGCCCCUGUUACAAGAUAGCUGUGUAUGAUGAGAAAGCACCUUGCAAUCCUCCCUCCCGCUUAAGACGUACGGAGAGAUGGAUGUGGAUGCCAACCCAAUGUUUUCUCAUUUGGGGGAAUUUGAAUAGUCCCUUUUUUCAGUUUUUGGAACUUGCAAAGGUUUGUUUCCGUAAUUUCUUUUA